AGAGCUGUCUGCCAUGGCAGAGUGCGCCGCUGCAGCGCUGGAGCCUCGUCUACACUGCUCUCCACAGCUCUCACACCCCUGAAACCGCGCGCCUGUCUGUCCCGUGUAGCAGCGCCCUAAUCUUGCUGCCGCGAAAUUGUUGCAAGUCAUUGCAACACUAGCCCUCGGAAGCGCCGCACAAGCACAGCCACUUGAGCAUUAGCUUCUGCUCCUUCUUCCCCAACCACCUCCUCACUGCUUGCGAUCAAGACAAGUCUCACCCAUCGCGCAACCUCGCAACCUUAUCGCACGCCCAUCUCACGCCGCCAUGGGCAAAUACACAUUCACAUGGGAACACGACGCUGAAGACGUCUACGUGACCGGCACCUUCGAUGACUGGAAGAAGACAGUCCAGCUAGAGAAGGAGGGCAGCGUCUUCCAGAAGUCUGUCGAGCUCCCCAAGCUUAAGACACAGUACAAGUUUGUCGUCAAUGGCAACUGGUGUAUCAAUGAGAGCGCGCCCAAGGAGGACGACGGUCAUGGCAUUGUCAACAACAUCCUCCUCCCCGAGGACAUUGUAGACGCGCCCGCCCACACUCUCUCCUCUGCCGCGCCCGGGUCGUCCACAGCUGCGCUCGCCGGCGCUGUCCCCAAGGAGAAGGAUCUCGAGAAGAGCAAGUCGAACGAGUCCAUUCCUGGCGCGUUCCCCAUGACCCCGACACCUGGCACCGAGCAGCGCCAGUUCAUUGACCCCAUUCCUGCUACUGCUGGCUUGGGCAACCCGAUCAAGCUCGCGCCGGGCGAGCCUGUUCCUGCUGCAAGCACACUUACCGACAACACAGUAGACUCCACGGUCAACCUGAAGGGCGCACCCGAGGAGGACGACGAUGCUACGGUCAGCGUUGCGCCUAUUCCCGCAACCGCUGGCGCAGGUAACCCGAUUCACCUUGCCCCGGGAGAGAAGGUACCUCAUCCCAGCACUCUGACCUCCAACACCAUCAACAGCACCGUGACGACCGACGAGGCCUCAUACAACAAGCCAGACUCGCAGGCGCCCCAGCUGCCUCCUGUGGACAUCACCCCCCAGUCCGAGAGGCCCGCGAACGGUGGCAUGUUCAGUCUGCCUCCUCAGCUCGGCAACCUUGUCCCCGAGUCCAGCUUGCCUAUGGGCGUUGAUGCGCAGGUUGAAAAGGACACCGGCGUUCACAUCCAAUCUGCUGCUCCCACAAGCUCUACCGCUGCUCUUGCUGGUCUGGUCCCUAAGGAGCCUAGGGGCGUACCUGAGGUCGUGACUGAGAGCCAGAAGGAAGCCGGCUUUGCCCCCGAAGCAGCCGCCAACUCAGAGGCUGUCCAGGAAAAGAAGGAGGUUGAGCAGGAGCUUAAGGAGACAAUCCCAGAGAAGACCGAUGCGGACAACGACCACGCUCCUGUCAUUGAGGCCGACAAGUCUACUAGUAUUGGCGAGAGUGCCGGUGCCAUUGCUGGAGGCGUGGCUGCUGCUGCGACUGUUGGCGCCGGCCUUUUCACUGGUGCCAUUUACGCUGCCAAGGAGAAGACCGCUCAAGCCGCUGCUGAUGCUGUUGGUCUGAAUGGCUCCGCUGUCGGCACUACCGCUGCCGGUGAUGUCCCUGUGGUUGUUGCCGAGAGCCAGAAGGAGGCUCACGUCAGUCCUGAGGCUGCCGCCAACGCUGAGGCUGUCAACGAGAAGUCACAGCUCGAGCAAGAACUCCUGAGCCAGGUCCCCAAGUCUCAGGAUCACGGAGAAUCAGCGCCAUCAGUUGCUGUUCCCGCUGUUGUCUCAGACAGCCAGCGCGAAGCUCACGUCAGCCCUGAAGCUGCCGCGAACCCUCUCGCUGUUACUGAGAAGAAGGAGGUCGAAUCCGAGCUUCUCAAGUCUGUCACCAAGACUGAUGAAUCCGGUGAGCAUGCUCCUGUGAUCGCCGCUGCCUCUUCCGUCCCUACAGCAGACUCGACGACCGAGCUCCCUGUUCGCUCAGUCCCUGAUGUUGUAGCUGAGAGCCAGAAGGAGGCGCACGUUGCUCCUGAGGCGACUGCGAACGCCGAGGCUGUUGCGGAAAAGAAGGAGCUUGAGUCUGAGCUCCUCAGCCAGGUCAAGAAGACCAACGAGUCAGGCGAGCCUGCCCCUACUCUCGCCGCUGCCACCACUGCCAUUGCACCAGGCGCCAGUGGUGCCGUCCCCAAAUUGUCUGAGUCAUCUGAGCCUCUUUCUACCAACUAUCAGCCCGCUUCCGAUGAGGAAGUCAAGCGUGCUCUUGCUGGCACCAACGACGAGCCCUCGACAUCGGCAACCGGUGCUCUGGACACUCCUACUUCGGCGCCCGCUCAGACAGAGACGACCACCUCGGCUACUGAGUCCGCCACCACUCCCAAGGUUGCUGAGCCUGCUGUUUCUUCUAGCAAGGCCGACACAACGACUGCCCCCACAUCUGAGGGUCUCAAUGCUCCGGCUACUUCGGCUGCUCAGACCGAUGCUACCAAGGCAGCGGCCGAGCCGGUGAAGGACGACAAGGAGGGUCUGUUCAAGCCCACCACACUCGAGCAAAAGCAGCCUACUAUUACCACUGGCACCGAGACCGGCACAACUGAGGCCACGAGCCAGGGUCUUACCGCACCCGAGACUCCUCAGAAGGACCGCAAGGAUUCCGAUGUCUCUCCCAAGGGUACCCCAGGCAGCCAGAGCCUCGCGUCUAACUCCGUUGCUGCUGACAAGAAGGCCAAGAGGCGAUCGUUCUUCGGCAAGCUCAAGGACAAGCUCUCCGGCAAACACUAA